GAACCGCACUUCGGCAGUCCGCUGUCCGGCGCUGCCAAGUUUGUCGCAAAGUCUAAAUGGGCGCACGUCCACCGAUUUGCUGCCGCGGGAGUUUACUUUUUUGAUUUCGAUACUAUAACCGCCACUGCUAUUUCGCCAUUGUCCAAGCGAGCAAUUGGUUUGAUUUGUUUCUUUUUAAGUUGAAGAUUCUCUAAAAAUGCACCAUCCCCCAUCCGAUAGUUAUAAGGGAAGUUAUCACGGUUCAAGGGAAAUGCGGUAGAGGGAGUCGUAAUCGGGUGCGAAGUGGUCGCUCAAGUGAUUCGGUUUCGGUGUAAGUUCUUCUGCUGAAUGGAACAGGAAGAUUGCGUAAACAAAUUCAGUUCACUUUGUGGGGAUACCAGUUUUGGGUUGAUUGCGGCCUUUUCCGCACUCCCUUUACGUAUGUGACAAUGAAUCGAAAAUAGAUAGUAUAUGCACAAAUACGGCUAGAGGCAACACUGAUAGUGGCAACACGAUCAGAUUAGAUCCGUUGUUUUCGACAAAAGGCAAAAGGCAGACCGGCGAACUAUCGAAGUCCUUUAAAUGAGAAUGUGUAUUUGUGCUGUGCCCGAACGCAAAGUUGUCCACUCCAUCGUCCGAAAAAAGCCGCCCGUGUUUCCAACGGAAAUGUCACGCAAUUGGUUGCACCUUCUAUCGCUGGCACUGCUGUUCAGCAUCUUAGAAAAACAAAAACAACCAGGGGCUUGCGGCUAUUCCCUGGUUGGCGGUGUGAACGAACAAGGACACACUAGCUCACUGUCCGGGAACGUUUCCGCGUCCCCCGUGAAAUCUAUAUCUCGGAAGUAUAUGCUCUUCUAUCUCAUCCCGAACCUGGAACGGCUCCUCCAAUAUAGCGCACGGGCCGGCAGUAACGGCAAUGUAUCGCAUGGUGUACGCGGCAUUACGCAUAACAACGGUUCUGACUCUGACAUCACGGAUAGGAUGCUACUGCUAGAACCUUCCGCGUUCUUGCCUCUCGAACCAACGUCGGCGGCAAAGGCGGUGGCAGCUGGGAGCAAAUUUAUUGCCGCUUCGGGGCGUGACCAGCUGCACAAACUGCGUCACUUCUCGCUGGGUGGCCGAGCAUCGGAUCAGCGAAAACCAGCGCUGCCACUGCACACUAGCAUGCCUAAUGGGCAAGUCAGAGACCGUAGCCAAAGGUACUACAUCUACGGUAAUAGUGGUAUGCGAUCGAUCGAUGUGCCCGAGAGCAACCCAGUGGAAGCGAGUGGUAGCGAACUGCUGGGCAGGACAGGUGACAUCCCGAGUGGUCUACUGCCGGUCGACCGACGGUUCAAGCGGCGCUCUGCCGUGGAUGACGUGCUGAGCAAGAACAUCACACUAAUACUAGAGAACCUGCUAAAGCGGUAUGAGAACUCGCAGAUGCCGACCCACGGUCAAGGUGUACCGACAGUCGUUCAGACAAACAUCCUCAUCCGCAGCAUGGGGCCGGUGUCCGAACUUGACAUGGACUACUCCAUGGACUGUUACUUUCGGCAGUACUGGCGUGACAAGCGACUCAGCUUCCAUGGACCCAUCAAGAGCCUGUCGCUGAGCAUUAAAAUGUUGGAGCGAAUCUGGCGCCCGGAUACCUACUUCUACAACGGCAAGCACUCGCACGUGCACACGAUCACUGUGCCGAACAAGCUGCUACGACUGAGUCAGGACGGCGAGAUCCUGUACUCGAUGCGGCUGACCAUCAAGGCGUCCUGCCUGAUGCAGCUGCGCAGCUUCCCGAUGGACCGCCAGUCCUGCCCGCUGGUGCUGGGCAGCUACGCCUACUCCCGUCAGCAGCUGAUCUACCGGUGGAAGGACGAGGAUUCGGUUAAUUUCGUCCCGGGCAUGACGCUGAGCCAAUUCGAUCUGAUUAGCUUUGGCCAAAAGAACUAUACCUUCAUAAGGCGUGAGGGUGAGUUCUCGGUGCUGCACGUCUCGUUUAAUCUGCAGCGCCACACCGGCUACUUCCUGAUCCAGGUGUACGUGCCGUGCAUCCUGAUCGUCGUGCUAUCGUGGGUCUCGUUCUGGAUACACCGCGAGGCAACCAGCGAUCGUGUCGGUCUCGGCAUCACCACCGUAUUGACGCUCUCCACCAUCAGCUUGGAUUCGCGCACGGAUCUGCCGAAAGUUCGGUACGCCACCGCACUCGAUUGGUUUCUGCUGAUGAGCUUCUUCUACUGUAUUGCAACGCUGCUCGAGUUUGCUGGUGUGCACUACUUCACUAAGGUUGGCAGUGGAGAAAUCCCACUGGAUGAGGAAGAAUGGGAAGAUCUGGAGGAUGGGGACGAGCUGCGGGAUAUGCCGACCUUGCAGCAGCACCAGAAUCUAGCGGUCAGCUCAGGCGUUAAUAUUAAUGACUCGCCGCGGUUAAUCGCCGCCCGUCGACGCAGCUCGCUCAUUUGCCCUAUCUACAACGAUCCGGCGCACAUGUUCAAGCCGACCUCCUCACAUCUAUCGACGAUGGAGCGCACGACGCAGACCGAGCCACCAAAGGAACCGACCUGGAAGCAGAUUUGGCUCUGCUUUCUCGGCGACGAUCAGUUCCGUCGGCGGCGCCAGCGUGAAGCGUCGGCUCGUGGUGGAGGCAAUCGGCACAUCAACAGCGUCUCACUCAUCGACCAGGCGGCCCGGGUCCUCUUCCCGACUUCCUUCACUUUCUUCAACAUCCUUUAUUGGCUCGUCUACUACACAUACCAGGCGGACUUCACCUGGAGCCCGCUGAAGGAAGUAUGAAACGAGCGCUCACCGGCAGCACAUAAUUAUCUACCUCUCUUCCUCUACCCAACCUCAAACGGUUUUAUGGGCUCGGCUUAUCAACCAGCCUUCCUUAACCCGCAUAAACCCGCAUAAACCUGCCUUCCAACGUAACAAAUCCCCCCCCCCCCCCUCUCCCUCUCUAAACCAUUCUCCGAUCGGUUUCAUGAAGCUGUGCCGGACUAUCCCGAAGAGUGCCUAGGAGGCACGCCAUAACCAGAGAGCAGUUUAGUGAUGAGAGUUCCGGGAGGCACCUACCCGGACCGAUCCGUUCCGAGUAAAGGGUUGAUGGAAUCAAAACCGCGUGAUUAACUAAGCCGUAGUCAGCGCAUAUUUCUACCCGCCUUUUUUAAAGAAAAUUGUCGCACAGGUUGCAAUCCGUUCACUAUUUCUCAUUUUUAUGAAUUAGGUUUAAUUCUGAUCUGCGAUGCACCGUCUGCUGUGGUUUACUAUACGGGGUAGGUUCGUUCCGGUACACAACGCUGUAUACAACGUAUAUAGUACCGGUGCUCACAUACGUCUCUAAGACUUGGACAUUGUACAGAACGGACGAAACCCUCUUAUCCGCGUUCGAGAGGAGAGUUCUCAGAAGGAUAUUUGGCCCCGUGUGUGAGGAGGGACGAUGGAGAAGCCGAUACAACGCGGAGUUAUACGCGUUGUAUGACGAUCUCGCUGUCGCGCAGCGCAUGAGACUCGCCCGGCUUCGGUGGGCUGGGUAUGUCAUGAGAAUGGCAGACGACGACCCAGCCCGUAAAGUCUUCUUAGGCCUUCCGGAUGGACAGAGAGGGCGUGGUAGGCCCAAAUCGAGAUGAAGCGACGGUAUCGACAUUGACGCCAGAAUAGCAGGACUACCGACUUGGAGGACUACGGCGCUCGAUCGCGAGCGGUGGAGGAAUCUUCUGUGGCAGGCUAAGACCGCUCGUCGGUUGUAGCGCCGGAUAAGUAAGUAAGUAAGGCAAAAUGGUUCAGUUCCGGACGAGGAAGAUUCGUUUCGGCUCAUUAUACGAGGAAGAACGCGAUGCACCUUUUGUGUUGUCUCAGUAAUGUUGGCUAGCAAAGCCUUCAUUUUAUUUCACUCGCGCUUACCACCAGUUUCGACGGCAGCGUGAGUUAGAAAAAGCGAAUGCGGUAAAAGACUGAAA